CAUCCAAGGCAGGUAUCGCCCUUGUCUAAUAGCAGGGCAGGGACUGGCCACGGGGAUCUUCUCCAGCUGUUGGAGCACAGAGCUUGAAUCAUUUUUUGCGCACACCAAUGGAUUAUGCAAAGAAAUCUUUGUGUCUCCUCUCUGCCAGGUCACUCUCCAAAUGUGUGUCGGCCAGCGCUUCCAUGACCCAGCAGCUGCUCAGUAGCCCCGCACCCCGUCCCAGGCCGUAUCGGGUGAGCAACUGUGACCGCACCCUGCGCAAAGGCAUCGUGGCCGAGAGUCUGAACGACCUGCUUGAGAAAGUACGAAGUGCUCUGGUCUUAGUGGGCACCAUCACUGUUGUCUUGGAUGAAGAUGGCACCAGCAUAGAAUCGGAGGAGUUUUUCCAGACUCUGGAAGAGGGAACAGUAUUGCUGGUCCUAACCGAGGGACAGGUGUGGCGUCCAGCCAAGACAGCUGGCUACCAGCUCUCUCUGUCCCACAAGCCACGGCGUCGGAUUGACGUGGCCUGCAUAACGUUCGACCUCUACAAGACCAAUCCCCAGGAUUUCAUCGGCUCCUUGAACGUCAAGGCCACUCUCUAUGGGACCUACAGCAUGUCCUACGACAUGCAAUGCUAUGGGGCGAAGAGGAUCAUGAAAGAGGCUCUCCGCUGGACCCUUUUCAGCAUGCAAGCAACGGGUCACAUCCUGCUGGGCAGCUCCUGUUACAUGCAGCAAUUGCUGGACGCUCCUGAGGAGCCAAAGGAAGAAGCUUUGCCGUCACUUUCGGUCUCUCUUCCCACCUCCCUUACCCGAAAGAUGUUGCAAUGAGUUUGGGGUCUGUGUGUGUGUGUGGGAUAUUUUCUGCUCCAGUGCUGCUAUGGACUCCGAACCAGGGAGGGCUGAUGUCCUACGUCUAGGGCAUCCGUGGGGACCCUGGGGAGGGACGGGCACCUCUCUGCACCUGCUGGUUUUGGUGGAGUGAAAAAGCACAGCCAACCUCAAGAAAUGUGGGCCCUGCUUUAGGAUUCCAGGCACUCACAGGUUCUUGUUAGUUAUAGGGUGCAUUUCUUCUUUUCCAGCUCUUCAGCUGGAGGC